AUGCCAAACCCAAUCAAAGAGGACAUCCACACGAUAGAUGAGGAAUCAUUUCCUUACAUCUUUGAACAGAAUGCUACUGUUCCACUCAAAGCUGGCGACGGACUUGUUCGUUUGAACGUCUAUCGUCCAAAGGGUGUUGACAAGGUUCCUGUUCUCGUCACAUACGGACCAUACGGAAAGGACAUUUCAUAUCAAGACUUCCAUCCCAAAUCCUUCAGCGAGGUAAACCCCCAGCACAAGUCUGAACACUCAGCAUGGGAAACUCCAGAUCCCGCCUUCUGGACAAAGAAUGGCUAUGCAAUCGUCCGUGCUGAUGAGCGAGGUCUUGGUCAAUCUUCAGGCAAACUCGACACCAUGUCUCGUGGCACAAGCGAAGCCUUUUUUGAUGUCGUCGAGUGGGCCGCCGAGCAACCCUGGUCAUCCGGCAAAGUUGGUCUUCUUGGCAUUAGCUACUACGCCGGUAGUCAAUGGCGCGUCGCCGCGAGAAAACCAAAGGGUCUGAGCGCUAUUGUGCCUUGGGAGGGCAUGUCGGAUUACUACCGGGACAGGUGCCGCCACGGCGGUAUUCUGUCAAACGCAUUUAUCAAGUUUUGGUGGAAUCGACAAGUCAUCACAAAUCAGUAUGGAAGACCUGGACGAAGCGCACGAAAUUGGGGACCUGAUACUAUUGAGGGUGAUUUGCCCGAUGAUGAACUGGAAGCCAACAGACAAGACCAGACCAUCGACAACCAGGCCAACUGCUUCCGCGACGAUGCUUACUACGCGUCUAAAGAGUACGACAUGGGUGAUAUCGAAGUUCCCCUGCUUUCGGUCGGUAACUGGGGUGGCAUUCUUCUCCACCUGCGAGGCAACAUCGAAGGCUACAUCCACGCGGGAUCCAAGUUCAAGUAUCUCCGUCUUAUCACCGGCCGCCAUGACCUACCAUUUUACUACGAAGAGGAAGUUGAGAUUCAGCGAAGUUUCCUUGAUGCUUUUCUCAAGGGCGACGAUCGAGUUGGCUGGUCCCAAGAAGGCAAAGUCGCGCCUGUCAGUCUCGUUCUGCGAAAAGGAAACGUUGGCUUCAACGAUGCGGAAAAGGAAAAAGUCUACCCUCGUCGAGAAGAGACUGAGUGGCCUAUUGCGCGCACGCAGUACAAAAAGCUCUUCCUUACCCCGGAGCAAGGACUUAGUUGGGAUCCCACCACCGACCGCAAGAAACUCUCCUACAAGGCUUUGGGUACCCUAGAGAAGCCCGAAGUGCUUCAAUUCUCGACUCCAGCCUUUGAAGCAGAGACAGAAAUCACAGGUCACGUCGUCGCUCAUCUCAAUGUUUCUGUCUCUCCCGACCCAUCAGGUCCUACACCAAGCGACAUUGAUCUUUUCGUGACACUCCGACACAUCGACCCCUCAGGCCAAGAAGUCUUUUACACUGGCACAGCAGGUGAUCCUGUUCCCGUAACCAAGGGCUGGCUCCGCGUCUCUCUACGCAAGGUUGACCAAGAACACCCCAAGCAUCGCGAGUGGCUACCUCACCGCAACUAUACCAGUAAAGAUGUUCUUCCUGUGAUACAGGGUGAGGUCUACGCUGUGGAUGUUGAGGUUUGGCCUACGAACGUGGUUGUUGAUAAGGGUGGCAAGUUGGUAUUUGAAGUCGCGUCUGGCGAUACACAAGGAUCUGGUAUCUUCCAACACAAUGAUACUGUUGACAGAUCCCCCGAAAUCUUCCAGGGACACAACCAUAUUCACUUUGGACCGCGACAACAGAAUUAUAUCACUCUUCCUGUGAUUCCAAACUAG